ACCGUAUCGUACGGAAGAGGAGUUUCUACCAAAAAAAAAAAGGAGGAAGAAAAGGCUGUUUGUUUGGUGAUUUACAGUGUUUUAUCGACAAGUGACUCGAAAGAUCUUCCAAGUUAAAAAUGUGCAACGGCUGUGUGAAAAAAGAGUACCCGGACCGGGGUAACACGUGUCUGGAGAACGGCUCGUACCUGAUGAACUACCUGGGCUGUGCCAACUGCAACCAGAGGGACUUUGUGCUUAUCAGCAAUAAAGCCACCGAGGAUGAGGAUGGCGAGGAGAUCGUCACAUACGACCAUGUUUGCAAAAAUUGUGACCAUGUUGUUGCCAGGCAUGAAUAUACUUUCUCCGUUGUUGAUGAAUACCAGGAGUACACGAUGCUCUGCAUGCUGUGUGGAAAGGCAGAGGACUCAAUCAGCGUGUUGCCAGAUGACCCCAGACAGUCCGCACCUCUCUUCUAGACCUCAAACUUGUAGGUCAUGAUUUACUUCCACCACCACGGAUGUGUUGCUGGCUGCUGGCAUCGGGGCUUCCGACCCUUUUUUAUCCUCCGUUCAAGGUUUUGUGCACAUCUUCAAUUAAGCACACCAUAUUUUAACUGCUUGGCUGUUGAUAAACUACUGUGUUGAGCAGGACAUAUAACUUUUUAUUAUACACCAUGACACAACAAAUAUUCUGUAUGUGAAUUUAAAAUGUACUGUAAAUAAACAUUUCUUUACUAAG